GUGGUGAAAGGGGUAGCGGAGGUCAUUAUGGAGGAGAUUCCAAUGGGUACGAUAAUAACAUUCCUUAUGAACGGAAUCAAGGUGGUGAAAGGGGUAGCGGAGGUCAUUAUGGAGGAGAUUCCAAUGGGUACGAUAAUAACAUUCCUUAUGGACGGAAUCAAGGUGGUGAAAGAGGCAGUGGAGGUAAUUUUGGAGGAGAUUCCAAUGGGUACGAUAAUAACAUUCCUUAUGGACGGAAUCAAGGUGGUGAAAGAGGUAGCGGAGGUUAUUUUAGAGGAGAUUCCAAUGGAUACGAAAAUAACAGCCUUUAUGAACGAAACCAAGGUGGCAGUGGAAGUCGUUUUUAUAAUGAAUACGAUAAUAAUAGUCUUUAUGAACGAAAUAGAGGCGGUUUCAUUGACAAAGAAAAUCAUGAUGCACGAAAUGAAAACGGAUUUAAUGCACAAAAUGAAGGUACUUUAGGAGAUGAUUAUGGUCACUAUUUAAAUGAUGCUAAUGGAAGUGGUUCGAAUAAUAGCAGCGGAGGAAAUACUGGAAAUCAAGGCGUUGAGAGCAAUAAUGCUGGCAAUGUGCAAAGCAAUAUACAUUCUUUUUCCAAUAUUCCUCCAUACUCAUAUGGCAUCAAUCAAAGUCCUACACAAAAGAUACAAGUGAGUCAAAAUUUUACCGAGAGUGCUGGGCCGCAAAAUCAUACCGGAUCGCAUGCAAAUAGCGCCACAAAGAGAGAUAACAAAACCAGCACAAACAAAGCAAGCAUUGGCGUCACGAAGAGGGCGAAUAACAAGUUCAGCACAAAGCAAGCAAGCAGUGGCGUCACGAAGAGAGGGAAUAUCGCAAUCAGCACAAACAAAGCAGGCAGUGGCGUCACGAAGAGAGGGAAUAACACAAUCAGCACAAACAAAGCAAGCAGCGUUGACAAUAUUAGUAACGAAAAUACUGAAUCCUCCUUACCUUCUAUUUUUGGCAAUGAAAAUGGAGUUAAAAACUCACAACAAAAGCAAACACCAUUUGAGCGAGAAUUAGAAAAUACUAUUCGCCAGAGUCCACAUUUACUCACUGCACUCCGUACCUCAUUAUCUUCUGAUUCUAAUCCUGAUAGCUCCAACUCAACUUCUAAUCAAACCAAUAAAACAUCAGAUUCCAACUCUAAACUUUCCACUAAAGAUAUCGAUAUUCACGAACGCAUUAAAAUGCGCGUUCGUCAAGCUGAAGAAGCUGCCAAACGAAAAAAGCAAUCCCAAGAAGAGGGUGGGAACUCCACCACCAAUUCUACUUCUGGUGACUCUAAAAGUUCCACUGCAGAUAAUCCAACGUCACAAAAAAAACAAGAUGAUGAGGAUGAGGAUGAUUCGGAAGCCCCCAAACCAUGCAAAAAUCACUCCCCCAGCGUUCGUUGCUUUCGUUGUUUGGUGGGUUCUAAAGGAAAGAAAGUAAAACGAGUCGGUGGAAACGUAUUUGGAUUUGCUUGUUAA